AUGCCGCCGCUACCAGCAAAGUAUGCAUCUCUGAAAGUCAACGGAAACAGGGCUAUUGCGACAUUGGAGGCAGCCUGUACAUGGGGCAGCACACCUGACGGUGGCAUGAAUCGGCUGUCAUGCAACGAUGAUGACAAAAAAGCGCGUGAUUGGUUUAUUGAAACAACCAAGGCCUGUGGUUGCGUCCAUAAGGUCGAUACCAUGGGCAACAUCUUCGCAAUCCGCGCGGGAGUAAAUAACAAUAUCCCACCCAUCGGUCUCGGUUCGCACCUGGACACCCAGCCAACCGGCGGCAAGUAUGACGGUAUCCUGGGCGUCAUUAGUGCGAUCGAGGUGCUUCAGGUCAUCCACGCGGCCAAGAUCCGGACGUAUGCGCCUUUGGCAGUCGUCAACUGGACCAAUGAGGAAGGGGCUCGUUUCUCUCCUGCGAUGCUGGGAGCCGGUGUCUGGGGAGGGAGAUUUAGCAAUGACUUUGCCCACACAUGUGCUGAUUCCGAUGGCCGCACAAUCAAGGCCGAGCUUGAGCGCAUCGGAUACCUGGGGUCGACGCCAGCAUCCUAUGACGCGAACCCUUUGCUCGCCCACUUCGAGGUACACAUUGAGCAAGGGCCAGUGUUGGACACUCGCGAGGAACCUGUUGCCGUGGGGAAGGGAGUUCAGAGCAUUCGAUGGUACAGUGUUGACAUCCGUGGCCGGGAAUCGCACACUGGCACUACUCCCAUGCCCGGACGCAGCGACGCCCUGCUAGGAGCAGCAAAGUUCGCAGUCGAGGUCAACAAUGUCGUCACGCAGGACUACUUUGCUCAGCACGGGGCCCGCGCCACGGUCAGCGUCAUCAAUUCUCUCCCGCAAAGCAUCAACACCAUUCCAGGCCAUGUCCGUCUGAACGUAGAUACCCGGGCCUCGACGGAUGAGCUCAUUCAGGAAAUUGAAGAGGCAAUCAGGAAUCGGCUGGAGGUGGUCUCCAAGAAUGACGGACUGACCAGUUCCUUUGAAAUGAUCUGGUCGUCGCCAGCUUUGACGUUUGACUCGACGAUGCUGCAGUGCAUUCGAGAAUCUGCCCGUUCGAUCGGCUGCGAGCAGGAAAUCGCAAGUGGCGCAGGACAUGACAGUGUGUACACAAGUCGCAAGGUUCCCACUGCAAUGGUCUUCGUCCGCUGCAGGGAUGGAGUUAGCCACAAUCCGGCUGAGUAUUCGAGGCCGGAGGACUGCAUAGUUGGGGCGCAGGUCCUCCUCGAGUCAUAUCUAAGAUAUGAUGAAAUCACUCGUCAGUCAAAUGAAGGGAAGUUGUAA